AUGUGUAUCUCGUUUAAAAAAAUAAAAAUUACAGUAUUUAUAUUUAUCAUAUUAGGCUUAUUAACAACAAUAUAUAGUCACUAAAUAAAAUGCAAUUUUCAAUGAGAAAUGCAUUAAACCUUAUGCAUAUCCAGCAACUUAUUUUGAUCCAUAUAAUUAAUUUUCUGGAUAUUGUUUUGAUAAGGAAUGUAAUGACUCUCUUUUGGUAUAAAUUCUCAUACUAAUCAUGUGA